UUAUGAAAAUAUAUUUAUGCAUAACAUAGAGCUGCAUGGAACAUAAAAAUACAAUGCAAGAUAUAAAUAUACACAGUAGAUGGAGAAUUUGUUAGUUCCCCACUUUUAGAGGCCAUUUCCCCUCUGGAAUCUCAAAAUCAAACCAAACACUUCCAUAAACAACUGCUUAAUCAUGAAAUUGAAUACAGCUUAAUCUAAAUAAAAGAAAGAAAACAAAAACUUUUCAACUUCGGGAAUCGCGUCACGAGGAAACCAUCUGUGUAAAGUUAAGGGAAUAAAAGAGAAAUACCAUAAAAUGGACCCCCAAAGCUAUGAGAGCUUGGCCAACUAUAUAAACCCCCCAGUCCCCCAACAAACAAAAAUCAAUAAACUCUCAGUUCCAACAACAUUCAAAUUCCCUUCUACCUAUUCAAUUCACUAAUUACCCAACAGAACCCCUUCAUUUUUGUUUUUUCAUUCCAUCCAUCUUUUUUUCUUCAUCAAGGUAAAGCUUCCUACUUCAGUAGCUAAAUUCUGCUUUUUCCCCCUUUUUUGGUCUUCUGUUAUUAGAAAAAAGCAACCUUGUAGGAUUCAAGCUUUAGGAAAGAGAAAAUGUUGGCUAUCAACUACGUCUUUUUACAUUCUAAAAAAAAGGGUAGUCAAAUUUCAAAGUCUAGUUUUCUUCCCCCGUCUCUUUUUUUGCACUUCAAUUGCAUUGAUAAAGCCUUGAACCUUGCUGAAGAUUAUGACAGAAUUUGACCCUAUAUGCAUUUUUCUAUGUGUUUAUCAAUUAUACCUCUUACUGAUAGGUUGUGUGUUGUGUGAUUUUGAUAUAUACAGAGAGGGAAAUGAGCUGGUCAUCAGGAGAUUGGAUAUGCAACGUUUGCCAAAACGUAAACUUCAAGAAAAGAGAAGCCUGCCAUCGUUGUGGUUACCCCAAGUAUGGCGGCCCAGACCCUUCAACUUACAGUUACAACAAGACGGAGGUGUUGGCCGGAGACUGGUACUGCUCCACCGUCAACUGUGGAGCUCACAAUUACGCCAGCCGCCCGAACUGCUUUAGAUGUGGUGCAUUUAAGUCUGUCUAUGCCGGUGAUUAUGGCACCUACAUGAUGGGUUCCGAUCAGUAUGCCUCAGAUGCAAGUGUCCCACCUGGAUGGAAAUCUGGAGACUGGAUUUGCCCUAGAUUGGGAUGCGGAGUACACAAUUAUGCAAGCAGGUUGGAGUGUUUUAAAUGCAAAACACCAAGGGAUUUUGGUGGUGCAGUUUAAAGCGGGAUGGAAUUUUGGAAGGCUCUCUCUUAUGCGGUUAUAUCGUCUUCUUGGCAUCUGAUCCCUAUCCAAAUGCUGCCUUUUCCUUUUUCUUUAUCUCUUUUUUUUCUUAUGACAUAAACGAUAAUAAUGUUAACCCCUUAGAAUGAUCCCCAAUAUAGAUAUCAUGGGUGAAGGCCCAUUUCCCCACUCUGGCAUUGCAAUAUAGCUAGCUACUCUCUCUCUUUUUCUCUCUAAUGGGUGCGCAAAUGGGGAACAAACAUAUCUGAAUACUGUGUUUGAAGGUGGUCCUGUAUGGAAUGUCAAUGGUUGCUUUAUAAACACAGAAUCAAAUUGAAAUGAGAA